CAUGACGUCAUGAGGUCACCCCAGCAUGCUGAAUGUUUGAAGCGGGCAGGAAGGUUUGAAAGGCAGCGGCUUGUGAAAAUUUGAGGCGCCUAGGGCCCUUUUCCUGUACCGCUGGCCGACAAAACUGUCCAGACCCUCGGAGGGAGGUCCGAAAAAGAUCACAGUGCUCACAAAAGGUCGUGAUCGAUCAAAGUCUUUGAAAAAAUCGAGCGGGACCUACGAUCAAGUCGUGAGUACAAGCUAGGAGGAGGCGCUGAUUUUUGUUUUGUACCGAAUUUGGCGAUUUACACCCUCGGAUGUUUGUUGUGGAGGAAAGACCCGGUGAAUCAUGAGUGUUCUGGAAAUGUGCUGAGUGGAUGAAGAGGAUAUUUCGUUCGAGCAGGAAUAUUUUGCCAUGUUUCCGUACCGUACCUUCCCCGUGAUUUGAGGCGGACCAGGGAGUGUUGUUGUGCCGACCCGGGACCCAUGUGAUAGCGGUUCAGUGUGACCGCCGACGGACGUAACACAAGAACGGAUGUUUCCACUGUAAAACAACCCCGGGAAAAAUUUUCUAAAGUGCUGUAAAGAUGGAACCCAUGAGAAAACAGAUCAACCACAGUCUGGAUGAUCAGAAAAAGAUCUACACAGACUGGGCGAACCACUACUUGGAAAGGGCGGGGCACAAGCGGCUGGUCCGCGACCUUCAGAAAGACAUUACCGAUGGUGUUCUAUUGGCUACCAUUAUAGAGGUCGUAGCCAAUGAGAAGAUCCAAGACAUCAACCCCAAGCCCAAGAGCCAGUCCCAGAUGAUCGAGAACAUCGAAGCGUGCUUGAGCUUUCUCGCAGCCAAGGGGGUCAACAUCCAGGGUCUCUCUCCUCAGGAGAUCCGUGAUGGGAACUUAAAGGCGAUCCUCGGGUUGUUCUUCAGCUUGUCCAGGUACAAGCAGCAGCUGCAGCAGCAGCAAAGGUCACAGGGAGCAACAAGGUCGCAGGCGCAGACAGCUGACCAACCACAGUCCAAACAAGAAGAAGUGUGGCUCCCUGCGCCCAAGGCCUCCAGCAGAAGUGCAAGUAACCUGAACCGCCGCAGUCUUUCCGCCGCGGACAAAAAUCGCAUCCAGCGGAACUCUCAGGGGUCGACGGUUUCCACGACCAGCAGUGAAGGUCCUCCUGUUGCCAACGGAGGAUCGAGCAUCCCACAGUUAUCGUCCAAAUCCAGUCGUGUGCCCUCCUCUGUCAAGUCAGACAAAUCCGAUUCUUCCAAGUCGGGUGCAAAAACAACCAGUAAAACUACCACGACAAAGUCUGUCUCCAAGUCUGCUUCCAAGUCUUCAGUGGCAAAAUCCCCCGGUAGCGACAAGAGCGCAGAUAGCACGCUUUCUAGAACUGGCAAGAAUUCUAUGCUCGAUAAGUUCCGGUUCUUUGGAGGAUCCAACUCGAAAAGUGCCUCGAAGAGCGGACCAACAGGAACUACCUCAAAAUCCAGCAGCAGCUCCAGCGUGAGCACGACCAGUGGUGCUACAGCUUCCGAACCGACGCAAGCCAACCCCAAGUCAGGGAUCAAGGACGCGGCAAAGAGAAGAUUUGGGAAGGCCUUGAGCAAAUCUAACACUAAGGACGCGACCAGCAACAGCAAAACCGCCAGCACUACUGCUGUGAAGAAGACUGCGAAAUCUAGAACAGACGCAAAAGCAACUGCAGCCAAGGGUAAGGACGCAAAGUCUACAAAAGCUACGCCAGAGAAAGGCGCGGAUUUAAAGGGUAAAGCUUCUGCAGUCAAACAUACGACGGAUGAAAAUGGUACGAUAGAAACAAACACAGGAGUGAAACUUAAGAAGUCGUCCUCGAGGAUUGCCAGUUUUAUUCCAAAGGGCACUUUAAGAAACACUGCGAGCAUCCACCAGUUGGCGCCCAAGGCUGACUCAAGUUCGCAUGACACAUCGUCUUCUAGCAAUAUCCCAGUUGCAGGAUCAAAAAUGCCCGGAAAGGCCAUAUCGUUCGGGCUUGGUAGAAAAACAACCAACUCGGAGAAGGACAAAGGUGCUGUGUACGAAAACUGGUCUGCACAGGGUAGAACUCAGCUGGACUCAGCAAAGACAGGGGCCAAGCUUUUUGAGGCAGGUAGACAAGCAUCCAACGAUAACCUUCUCUCUGAGAGUAAACGCUCAGCCUCUGGUAGCAUCAACUUCUCCCCUCCCCACGGGCAUGUUAACACUGCAACAGUCGCCCCCUUUAGUCACAUAGCAACGUCACUUCCGAACAGCGACAGUAACGUCAGUUCCAAUUCCAACAACUCUCACAGCGACCAAUCCAAGUCUACCUCGAGCAGCAAGGACAGUGUUGUUUACAGACCAUCCGCGGACGAAGUCUCCGAGAGCGAAGCCGAAGUCAGUGCAAAAAGGGCUGCAAAAGACAUCGCAAAUCUGAGACAGAAUCUGGAAGACACGAUCUUGAGCUUACGGAGCUCCCAGAUUAACAGGAGUACCCUUGAAACGACCUUCGGAAGUGACGACGUCUUCACGCAGUCCCACCCGAGGACUAGCAUGGAGACUGUUUUCAGCGAAUCCGGAGCACGGACGCUUAACAGGACUCCGGGUCACUACUCCAGCUUGCGUUCCGUAAGCUUAGCGUCUAACGUGAUGCCUGUACAAGGGGUCAGAGUUCAGGCAGGGGAGGGUUUUGCCUCCCCUCUUAUGCAACCCCGACUUCUGAACUACCCCUACCAGACCGGCUCCCUCAGGAGAACUAUUUCCAGCCGCAGCACCAUGGUGCAAGGAGACAUCCCGGAGAGUAGUGAAGAGGCUAGCCUUGACCUUGACCUUUCCGGAGGUUACGUCAGUGACGGGGACGUUCUGAGUAAAAAUCUGAGAUCUGACGACAUCGCAAGCGGGUACAUGAGUGAAGGGGGAGCGUCCCUGUACAGCCGCAGGAUGCAGGCAAAGUUUGCUGAUGGCAUGGCGGCUGUGAGGGAGUGCAUGAAGCGGAGCCAGGUCCAGCUCCUUGACACAGACAGUAUGGACGACAGCAGCUCUAUAAGCAGUGGCAUCAGCGACACGAUCGGCGAAAUCAGUACAGACGACAUCAGCUCCAUGGCGGAGACGCCCAUCAGCGCUAAGAAGGUCGGUAACGGCCCCACCUACGACUUCCCCGCCGGGCAGACUCCCAAGGACACAGUCGAUGGAAAGAAGAAGAAGCAGAAGGAGCCCGAUUCAGAAAAGUCUUCCGCAAAAGGCGGGAGUAACAGUAACAUCUGGAGGAAGUACUCACCGUCGGAGAGAGAGGCGCAGAAAAGCCUGAGCUCCAAACCCGCUGGAACAACCGGCGCUGUGAAGGAAGGCAGCAAAUGGCAGAGGGGUAAGUCUGACAUGACGGAUUCGACGCGGAAGAGUGAAAACUCGGCAGCCAUCAAGAACUCUGCCAGUGUGAGCGGUAGCCUUGCGGGGAGGUCUCCGUGGAGGAAAGAUGCCCGCAGCGACACGCAGAGCCCAACCCCCAGCGUUAAAAGCAAUGCAAGCAGUAGCGCCAGCUCGCCUAAGUCUCAGCGUGGAAGACUUGCUCGUCAGGAUGACAGGGGAAAGAACUCGCCCAAGGGUCAAAGAUCGGUGAAGAAGUCUUCUGACCCAACCCCCAGCCAGAUCGCAGCACAGAAAGCGCAGGAGAGUAAAGCAGCAGCAGCCAAAGCUGCCGGUACGUCAAGUUUCGGGUUUCGUCGUCAAGCAACCGGUUCCACCAAUAGCAUGAGAGGCGCUCCGACGAAAACAACAGGGCGGGCAACGAUGGUGCAACCGAAGCAAGGCAGCGAGGCGGCCACACCUCAGGAUGAUACAGCGAAGCCAUCUAUGCACCUUCGAGCGGGGAUACCACGUCCCGGACGCUCUACUGGGCCGGCAGGCUCCACCCGUAGCAUGAAUCGCCUGAGUGGAAGCAGCACAGCUAGUACCGACUCCAGGGUGAGCUCAAUGGCUCCAUCCGUAGGGAAUACAGCACAGAAAGCAGAUCAUCCAAGCAGUGCGUCCGAGAAAACUGACACCACGCCAGUUGGGGACCCAAGAGCGGCCAUGUCGGAUUCUGAAGUCAAGGACAAAGCAAAGUCAAAGCACCCUGACAUCUCGUCGCCAACCCUGAAGAGAAUAUUCGGAAUCCGGGGAUCGAAUUCCAAGCAGCAGCCGGUCACGACAGCGCAGAACAUGAAGAAUACUACAAUCAUUUCCAACCCACACGCUACCUUCGAGAGCCAAGCAAAGGCUAAGAGAGACUCUCCCGUGCAUCAGGAGAAGCAACAGAAGGACGCGAACGCGCCUUCGUCAAGUGCCAACGACACGGAAGGGAUGUGCACGGCAACGUACAUCCCGGGAGUGCCGGGAUUCCGCAACGACCAUUACCGUUCUUCGUCCAGCGUCACCUCACAACAUUCCAAUGCGUCCAGCCCGUGGGCUCAAUAUGGCGGUGGCAAGGUGGGUUCGAUGGGAAGCAUGUCUCACGGUGGCAGCCAUGAGUCUAUAGAUUCAACAACUAGCGCGAGCUCGCAUUCGCGUGGCAUUCAUCGCUUCUCACGGGACGGCCUGAACGUCAGCCAAGGUGGAAUCCCCUUGGGAAGGUCAAACAGUCUCCGUUCCACCGUCUCCGAACAGUGUUAUGUCACGAAUCCCCACCAGAGGUUCAUGAACGAGGAAACUUCCGCGUGGCUUAGGUCAAACUCUUAUAGCAAUGUUGUGCCUGAAACGAGCGAGCCGUACGUCGCGGAAACCCCAACUUCUCCCAUGUCGACUGCCAGUGCCGGAUCCUCACGAUUCACCUACCCCCUGACUGCAGUGGAUCCUGCCACGAUGACAAAUUCACCGUCAUCGAUGAGCAUGAGUAGGUUGAGUACGGUCUCGAGUCCGGGAUACGCCGGCCCGUACCCGGGGGUCGGCCCACAGGGAAGGCUCCGAGAUGGGCAAAGCUGCAUUUCAUUAGACGAAAGGAGGCGGAGAAAGAACAGCGAUGCAGAUGAAAUGCAUGGAUCCAACCUGUCCCUGGUGUCAAGUUCAUCUUCCAUCUACUCCACGCCGGAGGACAAGAAAGAGCAGGAGAUUGGGACUGUAAGAGGCCCCUACAUGAUCCGGAAACUACGGAGAGAGCUGGACCAGUCUCAGGAGAAGGUCGCCACUCUGUCCACCCAGCUCACCACUAAUGCUCACGUGGUGGCAGCCUUCGAGCAGAGCCUGUCAAAUAUGACGGAGCGACUGAAGGGACUCACUGUAACAGCUGAACAAAAGGAUGCAGAGUUGAUGGAGCUAAGAAGAACCAUUGAACAGCUGAAACAGCAGAGUCAGCAGCAGCAGCUGUCCAACACCUCGCCUGGUCACCCGUGGCGAACAUUUGGGGAUGGGUUGCACGGGCCAAAUCUUCGUAUGACCCGACUACCCUCAACUGAUAGUGUUUCUAGUAUGAACAGCGUCACGAGUGUGUCGAGCGCUGGAAGUGGCGCCGAGUCCGAACCAGGUGGAAGAAAGAAGAAGAAGAAGAGCUGGGAGGAUCUAGGAAGACUCAGUGGGUUACGAAGCUCCUUCAAAGCCUUCUCGCGGAAGAAGAAUCGCAUGCAGUCCCAGUCUGACGUGGAGGAUUCGCUGACGACUCCGGAAUCGAUUCCCGGAUCUCCGCGCGCCUCGCUCUCAUCCCUCAACUCGUCGAUGGGAAUGAAUCCCAUGAAGGGAUCGUCCUCCACUUCAGCUUUGCCCGGCAGUCUAGGCAAGGCCGUCUCCUCCACCUCCAUUCACAUCAACCCCAUGGUCAAAGUGUUUUCCUCGCCGGCGAUCUAUGAUGGUGACGAGGAGUCGGUAGACGUCCUGAAGAGCCAGCUUCGUGAGAAGGACAUGAAGCUGACGGACAUCCGCCUGGAGGCGCUCUCCUCCGCACACCAGCUGGACCAACUAAAGGAGACCAUGAACAAAAUGAAGGGUGAAAUGAAUGCGCUACGUGCGGAGAACGACAGACUGCAGCAGCAGGUUUUGACCAGAAGUUCGUGUUCUGACAUGUCAACUUCCUCGCAACACUUCAGUGAUCCAACGCUGAAUCUAGAUCCUAUCUCCAGUAGCUUGGAUCUUUUGCUAGAUGUUGGAUCAGGAGAAUCUGGUCGGAAAGUCAUCGUCACAGUUGCUCUCCCCACCAUCGGAGCACCUGAAAAAUCAGAGUAUUACGGUAUCCAGAGACACAGGCAAACACUCAGACAUAAUAAGGGAGGUAAGGCACAGCAGAUUAUCAUCGGUGCCCUGAGUGUGAGCGGGAAAACCAAGUGGGACAUGCUGGACAAUGUAGUGCACAGACUCUUCAAGGAAUACCUGUUGAGAAUAGACCCAGUGUCCAACCUUGGCCUGACCUCGGACAGCAUCCGUAACUACACAAUAGGGGAGAUCAUCAGAUCAAAGGAGAGUGAACUGCCGGAGCUCCUGCCAUGUGGUUACCUGGUGGGAGACAACAACUCCAUCGCCAUCAAUCUCAAAGACAUCAAAGAAAACAGUAGUGACACGUUUGCAUUCGAGUCGCUGAUUCCAAAGGCUGUGCUACAGAGAUACAUCAACCUCCUGGCCGAGCAGAAGCGAGUCAUCAUGUGCGGCCCCAGCGGAACGGGCAAAACCUUCCUGGCACAGAAACUCGCAGAGUUCAUGGUUCAAAGGUCAGGGGAGGAGGUCACGGACAGCACAGUGGUGGUGUUCAAUGUGGACCACAAGUCUUGCAAGGACUCUGACGAGAGAGGACGGCAGGAGUGUGCACAUAGCCAUAGAGUAGCCACCUCUCAGGAGUUGAGACAGUACCUGUGUAAUAUGGCAGACCAGUGUGAGAGCGGGAAAAUGCAGGCACCUUUGGCCAUUGUGUUGGACAACCUUCACAACGUGGGCUCCUUGGGAGAGGUCUUCAAUGGCUUCUUGGGAUGCAGAAGUGUUAAGAGUCCCUACAUCAUCGGCACCAUGAACCAGGCCAACUGUUCCUCCACAAACCUACAGCUGCACCACAACUUCAGAUGGAUCCUGUGUGCGAACCACAUGGAGCCCGUGAAGGGUUUCCUGGGCCGCUACUUGCGCCGAAAGCUUGUUGAGAGCGAGAUAAAGGGCAGCGCGAGAAACCCGGAACUCACCAAAGUGGUGGAGUGGAUGCCGAAGGCCUGGCAGCAUCUCAACAAGUUCCUGGAGACACACAGUUCAUCGGAUGUCACUAUUGGUCCUCGCCUGUUCCUGUCCUGCCCCACGGACGUGUCGGGUUCCCAGGUGUGGUUCACUGACCUCUGGAACUACUCCAUCGUGCCCUACCUGCUGGAGGCAGUCAGGGAGGGGCUACAGACCUAUGGCAGGAAAGCCAGCACUUGGGAUGACCCCGCCCUGUGGGUGAUCGAGAACUACCCCUGGACCACGCCCACCAGCGACCUCUCUUCCCUCAUCAGACUGCGCGCCGAGGACGUCGGAUUUGACGGCUACGCGCUCGGACCACAGGCGGGGACCAAGAAGGAGGUCACUGGGAGUCAGAGUGACGUGGAGGGAGAUCCUCUGAUGAACAUGUUGAUGAGGCUACAGGAGGCAGCGAACUACAGUCCGCAGAGCUGCGACAGCGACUCCAACUCUGUCAGUUCUGGAGUCAAUGGUCACGACGACCUCCUGGACUCCUCCAUCGAGUCUACCUUAUAAUUUGCCCCAGCCACAUGUACAUGUUUCCCUGUUACUAUAAAGUGUUGCAUAACGUCUCCUUUGAAAGAGAAAAAUCAAGCCAACCCAAUGCAAGCAAUCUUUUCGGCAAAUCAUGGUGGUAUGUAGUGUUGUAUUUGUAUUUCUACAAUUAGAAAGAUUUUGCCAAAUGUUAGUUGCCAGAAAAGAAGAGGUGCUAUGUUAUAAGGGCAAUGUUACAAAAAUUAUGCCCAUAAGACUGUAUUUUAUGUUAAUAUGCAGUACAAGUGUUGAUAUUGACACUUUUGAGUGAUGUUGUUGAAUAGCCAAAAUUUCCUUCUAUUCCUUCUAUUUCCUUCUAAUUGCAACAUUUAGUAUAAGAUUAACACCAGAAAGUAAUAGCUACCUUUCAAAUUAUGCAAGUUUCUUUAAUGGUUUGCAAUGUUUAGUUCUUAUAACAACUUUUGAUCUUAUAGAACAAAACAUGCUCAUGCUCUACCAUGUAAUGUGUAAUUUCCUUUAAGUUUGUAUAUUCAUAGAUUUGACAAUGAGAAAGUAUUCAGAGUGCUUUGACAAAACCUCCAUCUACAAUCUUCUUUGCCCAAAAUAAUUGCACUUGUAUUAUUUAUUAUUGAAGUGAUGUUUUUAAGAUUUUGCUUUUAAAUUCUUUGUGCCAUUUGUGUUCGGAUACUACAUGUACAUGUAUAUCACACUAUCACAAUAUCAGUUUUCAAUCCAAUACCUAUGUCCUGUUAAGAGAAGUACAGUAUAGCCUCAGACAUGUAAAAAGCAAUUUUUGGUGCUACAUGUAUUAUAUUCUAAAUGUAACCAUGAUAAGUUUGAAUUCUGUAUGCAUGAGCUUUUUUUUUUGUGAUUUUGAUUUGAUUUUAAGUCCAUAGUUGUAGAUGACAAUAUUAGGUGUGUCUUUCACACUUAGGAAUAGAUUUCAAGAAAAUUUUAGAAGUUAUGUUUUCGUACAAUGAUAUAGCAAUGCUCUUCUAAAUAUGAAUAUAACUUAAGUAUGUACGUAUAUGCACAUUUGUAAUGUAAUAUCAUAAUGUACCAUUAAGUCGUACAUGUAAUGUAAAGUUGCAGUGUUCAGUGUGCUUUUAUACAUGUAAAAUUAUGUAUAUAGGCUUUUGUAAAUCACAGUGUAUAGUUCUUAUGCUUUGGUAAGUGUAAUGCUAGUGUUUUAGUAACUUUUGAUGCCAUAUAUACCAUUUUAAAAUCAUGUACCCAACCCUGUAUAAUGCCCACUCACUGCCUUGAUAGUACCACUAUCAUAAGUGUACAGGCAGUCAAAUUACAAAGUUAGAGGAAGUUUGAUGGUUGAACUAUAGAUCGAAUCGAAGACUGAACUUUUUUAAAACUUCGUAUUGUAGAUAAAGUGCCUUUAAUUGGACAACUUUUUGUAAAGGAUGAGACCUGUUGCAACGAUUUUCACAAGGAUAGCGUAAGAUUACGACUUCUUGUACCCUGUUGAUAGUUGACAUAUGUACAUGUUACUCAGCUACAGUUCCUGUAUUUCGACUGUGGAAGUUCCCAGGUAUAAACAAUCAGUAUUUCCAG